AUGGCGUACUGGAAAUAUUCCCACAUGUGGCUGCAUUGUACCCGGAUCUAAACAGGUUAUUUAUUCGGCAUCUGCCAGUUGUUGUUCAUUUUAAAUUAAGCAUUGGCAUACUGCUGAGCAAGCUCCUUUGGUAUCUAUUCUUCUCAAUACAAAUAUUGAUCCAAGCACGUUAAAGCAGUUAGUGACAUCCUCAAAAUGGAUCUCACUCUUGGUUUAAUGAAAGUGACAAUCCUUUGUGUUCUGACAGGACAAGUGGCAGGGGCCUGCGUAGGCAAUUUUGUCACUUUUACGCCAAUGAAAGAUACGCACGUAUUGGCCAAUCCCGAAAAGGGAUUCUAUCACGGUUACGAGACUUACUUUUCCAAGUUUCAAGCAAUGAGUCUUUCAACUUUGCAGCAAUGGUGGACUAAUGAAAAUGUGACCCUCGUCCACAACAAUUACGUCUUGAACACGUUCGUCACAACCAAUUUAACCUCUGCCCUUUUGACAAAUUUGACUAAUGAUUUCAAGACCCUGCGUUCGGCUGGACUGAAAAGCGUCAUUCGCUUUAGUUAUACCUUAACCAGCGGUAACAUGAACGACGCAAUUCUUAGUCAACUGCUUAACCACAUCGACCAGCUGAAACCGUUUCUUCAGGCAAACGGUGAUGUCAUCGCCACCGUUCAAGCAGGUUUCAUUGGCACUUGGGGUGAAUGGUAUUAUUCUAAAAAUUAUGCUACUCCGAUGGAUGGCGGAGCAUGGUACGCUCCUACCGCUGCCCAACAGACGAAUCGGAAUACGAUAUUAACAGCUUUACUGAAAGCAGUUCCGACUAGUCGGAUGGUGCAACUGCGCACUCCUUCCUACAAACAAAAAUUCUGUGGUACGGCUAAUCUGGCUACUUCUCAAGCAUUCAACUCUUCAAACAUGUGCGCAAGAAUCGGUAUACAUAACGACUGCUUCAUGGCCUCCUACCAAGACCAAGGCACAUUUGAAACUGACGCUCAAAGGACGUGGCUAACGAACGAGGGCCGUUAUGUUAUUGUUGGCGAAGAAUCAUGCGAAUCGAAUAGUCAAACCGGAUGCGCCGGUGGUGUGGACCAAAUAACCAAACAAAGAUUUAGCUACCUUAACGUCGAAUACCACCCAACCGUAAUCCAAGGCUGGAAAGCAUCGGGCUGCUACAAUCAGAUUGCCAACUUAAUGGGUUAUCGCUUUGAAUUAAUAAAUGGGACCUUUCCAUCAACGGUUAUCAGAGGGCAGGCCUACUGUGCCACGAUUAAUCUCAAGAACACGGGAGUGGCGCCACUUUACAAUCCUCGCCCAGUUCAAGUUAUUCUAAGAAACAAAGCGACCAAGAAAUUGACAACCUUCGUCCAGAAGAUUGACCCUCGCAGCUGGUCUCCAGGGUUAUCAGUGGCCAUCUCCUUGUCGUUCAAUGUGCCAUCCACACAAGCCGUGGGUUCUCAUGAUGUAAUCUUGAAUCUCCCGGACGCCUCUUCGUCUCUAUCGAGCAAUCCAAAGUAUCGCAUAAUGUUUUCUAACGCCAAUGGUGUGCAGGAAGCUUCGACCCGUUUUAAUAUUCUCGGUCAGCUGACUGUGCAAUAGCACAAUUAGAUGUCGAAUUGCGGAUGCUUUUCUUCUGCAAUCUUACCGUAAAAGGGAGCCUGGGAUCAGGAAAAAUAUCUUUGUUUGGCAACAAAUUUCAUAAACUGCUUUAUGGUUAUUAAAGUAAUUACAUAUCUUUUGGUCAA